CCACGUCGAGCUGAUGAAAGGGACAUCGGAGUCUUUUCAAUAUUGCUUCUAUGCCACUUCUCUUCAUAUGAAAGAAAUAUCUCUGCUAGACUGCUACAUUUUCUGUGUACUCUGUUUCAUUUCUCGUUUGCUUCCUCUGUCUUCUUUCUCAAUCGGGCUACAGCCAUGGCGGUGGUCGGAAACUUGGCGCUUCUUCUCGACGUGACGAUGCCGCCUGCCAUCAUACUUCCCGAGAGGAAAACGCGUCCGGUGGCUCUCGAUCUGAUAUUGAGCUUGUCGAAGCGGGAGCUUCAUCAUCUCACCGGUUCCAGCAACGUCCAUGCUUCUUCUCUGGCCGGGGGGAAGGGCUUCGAAUCGAAAGGGGAAGCGAGGAAUCAGAGAUUCGUGGUUCGAGGGAAGGAGAAUUCGAAGGUGAACGGGGUGGAUUUCGACAGCGACGAAGAGAAUGGGAACGGGAACGGCGAGGAGGGAGAAGAGGAUCCGUUCGAUUGGGAGAAGGAGAUGAGGAAGAGAGUGAAGGAGAUCGAGGAGAUGAAAGAGUUGGAGAAGAAGGCGGAGGAGUUGCAGAGCAAGGCGGAAGAAGAGAUCAGUGAGAAUGGUCAAGAAGGGAGAGAAGAGACGGAGGAAGAGAAGAGGCAGAGAGUGAGAAAAGAGCUUGAAAAGGUGGCUCAGGAGCAGGCAGAGAGGAGACAAACGGCUCAAUUGAUGUUUGAAUUAGGCCAAAAAGCUUAUGGGAGAGGAAUGUAUGGAAGGGCCAUUGAGUUUCUUGAAGCUGCUCUCACAAUAAUACCUAGGCUUACCUUGUUUGGGGGUGAGAUUCAAAUAUGGUUGGCUAUGGCGUAUGAAGCUAAUAACAGACAUUCAGAUUGCAUUACUCUCUAUCAACAACUAGAGCGGAAGCAUCCUAGUAUCAGCAUACGUCGCCAAGCUGCUGAACUUCGUUACAUCUUGCAAGCGCCCAAGCUCAAGAUAUCCCAAGAAGAAAUGGUUACCAUUCCACUCAUUGGUUCCACUUAUGACAGCUAUGCAUCAUCGUGGACCGAUAAGUACAAGGACAAGGAUGAAAAGAGUAGCUGGACGACAACCAAUCAGCUUCCUUCGUCGAGAGACUAUCUAGGAGAGCUCUUGCAAUGGCGACCUCCAACUGGAUUGGAGAAUAACCAAGCUUUCUGGGUGGCCCUCGCAUUUUGGCUUGCCUUGGUUGGAGCUGCCAUUUUCCUACAAAAUUGAAUCUCAGUAGUGUAAACUCUAGUGCAAUUUACUUUACCACGAUGUGAUGUGUAUGUACGUGCAAUCUUGGUUAGAUCCUACCAUUGUGUAUAUCAUAUGUUUGUAUCGUCUAUUCGCUUCGAAUAGUGGCAAGUACAUCGCGUCACUUCUAAAUCAUGAAAUCCGGGUUUUUGAAUUUUGGUGAAGUUAGCGGUCGUUUGUUAUAUCGUUUAUAACUAGAAUUUUGCCCGGUGGAUUGGCCUGCCAAAAUGAAUUAAAUGAUUGAAC